AAAGAUAGGGAGGAAAGGAAGGCGGCCUUAUCUACAUCCAUAGCUGAAAUAGAGUACUGAAAAUACAGAGAGAGAGAGAGAGAGAGAGAGAGAGAGGUGAAGCGAAGCGAAGAGAAGAAAGAUGUUGAGCUCCAUAUCCAUAGUCUCACCUUCAACUGUCACAUUCUGUCCGAAGCUUCUCUCUCCAAUCCCUAAGUCCUCCUUCUUCAAUACUCUCCGAAUUCAGCCCAUCUGCGUUUCCCCCAUUUCUACAAAGGCUUCUUCUUCGUCUGUGGUCAUGAUGGCCAAGAGAGAUGAGGAACUCAAAGAAAUCAGAGCCAAAUCCACCGAACAAAUUAAUGACGAGAUUAUUGACCUCAAGGGUGAUCUUCUCAUGCUUCGUCUCCAGAAAUCUGCUCGGAAUGAGUUCAAGGCCAGCGAGUUCCGUCGCAUGCGCAAAAAGAUUGCUCGCAUGCUUACUGUCCGAAGGGAAAGAGAACUGGAGGAGGGAAUAAAUAAGAGAUUGUCCCGAAAGCUAGACCGGCAAUGGAAGAAAAGCAUUGUUGUAAGACCAGCUCCAUCGUUGAAGAAGUUUAGAGAGGAAGAAGCAGCUCAAAAAGCUGCGGAAUCUUCUUAGACCAUUUGUUUUCAGCGAUUACAAUGUAGAAUAUCAAUGAGGAAAAGACCAUAAUAGAUUCAUGGUUUGUAUUGUUCAAAUUCCUAUUCCAGACCAGUUUUGUAUAAAACGUUCUGUUCUUUGGUAGCGCUAAUUGAUGCUGUUUAUUUUUUUCUUUCACCCAA